AUGCUCAUCCAAGGACUGUACGAUUUUUCGGUACUUCCGAAUUUGUGUAAGCAAGCAGCAUUGGCCUGGACAGCUCGUUCGCUGACGAUGUACGAGAUGGUGCGCAAAUGCCCAUUACGAAAAGCAGUCAUCGCUGAACUACUUGGCUCACCGGACAAAAGUACUACGGAUGAAUUUUAUAUCAGACAAUUGCAACGGUGUCACCGUCGCCAGGUCACAUUGAUACGUGAUGAUUCGAGGGAUGGCGAUUUGUACAAACUUGUUUCUUCGCAAGAAACCACCGAAAUCAUAUCAGAAUAUAAGCGUUCAAAAACGGCUCAUUCGUUGAAUUCAUCCAGAGCAAGAGAUAAUCCAUUUAAAAGUAGCAACGAACAGCAGCAGCAACAAUCGACAACGACGACCGAGGAGAAACUUAUUCUUCGUGAUGGUGAACUACGUUGUUGUGCAUGGACUGAAAUGUCGCUGGCAAUUCUAGAAGCAUGCUUACGCGAAGACAAUGAACGAUUUGAGAAACUUCUUCCAAUCGUUUACGAAAAUGCAACGAUACUCAUUUCUGGUUCAGCCAGUCUACGGGUACGUGAAUUUGCUGGUCGAUUCCUGCGUAGGCUUCCUGAAUUCGGGUUCCUGUCAUCGUGAUA